AUGGGGUUCAUGAUCAAGAAGUUGCGGGAACGUCUUCGUGCUUUCCCCCCUCAUGGCGCCUAGUGGCGGCCGUUGUCGGGUUGCAGAUAGUGAGCGAGGAGGACGAGAUGCUACGGAUACUUACGUUAGUGUCCAUGUGAGUGAGGAUGGAAUCCGAAUGCGGCGAAGGGACUGCUGCACGACGCGCAGUUGACGGACUGCUAGACGCACAUUGGAGUAUUCCACGAUACCGAAGGACAGGUUGGCCCACAUGCCGGACAAACCCGGUGGGCUGGGUAUGGAAAGGCAGACCUUGUCGACGUUGCAGUUCAGCAAUAUAAUUAAAUACAAAUCGAUGAUGGAGAUGUCCAGAGGCCCCAGGAGGGGAGGGGGCUCGCUGUCAGUCAGGGGCUAGUCUAUGGAAACAAUAAGUAUUAAGUCGAUGUGUGUAAGGGGCGGGAUCGAUGGGAAAGUGGCCGGUUGAUCAGGGGUGAAUCUAUCGAACGCAACGGUGAGGUGUGUUGCAGACAUGCGUACUCCGUACAAUUACGGGAUACUGGUUGUAGCGGAGGUAAUGUUCGUCGGCGAUUGGGUGAUGCUUGGCCUUGAUGGGCAUUGGUAAAUGGAACGGGGUCAAGAGAAAAUGAUAUGAGGAUGGAUGGCGAAGAAAGCGAAAGAGAAAGAGAGAGAGAGAGAGCGGCUCCCAAUGGCCGGCGGUGUUUGAUGGUUCGUGAUGCGU